GAAUGGGAAUAGAUUCAUGAAGUUUUUGGUUGAAGCUUCAAACCAGCUCUGAGCUUUUCCCAAUCUGAACUGUAGAUGGGUGAAGCAGAACUGGAGGGAAAUGAUACCCAUGUCACAAAAUCAAGCCCCAAAUUGACAGUUUUGCCCCUGAUAGCCCUCAUCUUCUAUGAAGUCUCAGGAGGGCCUUUUGGGAUAGAAGAUUCAGUCAAGGCAGGUGGAGGCCCCCUCCUAUCCUUGCUUGGAUUCCUCAUUUUCCCUCUCAUUUGGAGCAUUCCAGAAGCUCUUGUGACUGCCGAGCUCGCCACAAGCUUCCCUGAGAAUGGCGGUUACGUUCUCUGGAUAUCGGCCGCUUUCGGCCCCUUCUGGGGAUUUCAGGAAGGCUUUUGGAAGUGGUUCAGCGGCGUCAUGGACAACGCGCUUUAUCCGGUACUGUUUCUUGAUUAUUUGAAGCAUUCGUUUCCAAUUUUCAAUCAGACCAUCGCCAGAAUUCCUGCCUUGUUGGGAAUUACCGCGUCGUUGACGUAUUUGAAUUAUAGGGGAUUGAAUAUUGUUGGGUUCUCGGCUGUUGGGCUUGCCAUCUUCUCCCUUUGCCCGUUUGUGGUAAUGGGUGUUCUUUCAAUUCCUCGAAUUAGGCCAAAACAAUGGUUGGUUGUGGAUUUUAGGAAUGUGAAUUGGAGGGGGUACUUCAAUAGCAUGUUUUGGAAUUUGAAUUAUUGGGACAAGGCGAGUACGUUGGCAGGGGAGGUUGAGAAUCCGAGCCGGACGUUUCCUAAGGCGCUUCUAGGGGCGGUCGUUGUAGUUGUCGCUUCGUAUUUGGUACCGCUUCUUGCAGGGACAGGAGCUCUGGAUGUUCCUUCGAGUGAAUGGAGCGAUGGGUACUUUGCAGAGAUUGGGAUGUUGAUUGGUGGUGUGUGGUUGAAGUGGUGGAUUCAAGCGGCAUCAGCAAUGUCAAACAUGGGGUUGUUUGAGGCAGAGAUGAGCAGCGAUGCAUUCCAACUGCUUGGAAUGAGUGAGAUGGGAAUGCUGCCAUCGAUUUUCUCUUUGAGAUCAAAAUACGGAACACCCACCAUUAGCAUAUUAUUCUCUGCAACUGGGGUCGUGUUCUUGUCGUCGAUGAGCUUCCAAGAGAUUAUUGAAUUCCUAAACUUCCUCUACUCUAUGGGAAUGCUUCUCGAAUUUGCAGCCUUCUUAAAACUGAGAAUAAAGAAGCCAGAUCUUCACAGACCAUACAAGGUUCCGCUACAAACGUUUGGGGCAACAGCUCUUUGUAUACCUCCUUCUUUGUUGCUUAUCCUUGUUAUGUGCUUGGCUUCUCUCAAGACAUUUAUCGUGAGUGGUAUUGUUAUUAUACUUGGGUUUUGCUUGUAUCCUACUAUAGAACAUGCAAAGGUUAGGAAGUGGGUCGGAUUUAAUACUGCAUCCAUGCCUUCAGAAAAUGUUGUAGAAACUCUGCCUAUCGUGCAUCAACAACACAAGGAAGCUAUCGAUGAGGCUUCCGUGAGCCUUCUGUCGGAGUUGCCAGACAUUAAGAACGAACUGCAAGCUUCUGAAAUCACAUCGGAGGGUGUCUUGAAAAUGGAGUAGGAAGGCUUUGCCUUUUAUGUUAUAUGAUGUUAAGAUAUUGUAUGCACGAUGGCUUCUAAGCUUGUGAUUGUAAUUUGUAGCCCAUUGAGAGUCCAUUAUUAGUUGGACACUGCAUUGUACCUUAAUUUCAUUUUCCACGCUUCAUUCUUA